AUGGCUUCCCCUGGCAAUCCAAACCCACCAGGCGGAGGUCCCUUCGAUAUGCAGAAACUCUUCAAGCCCUCCGCUCCCCUGCCACCGCCUCCUCCCUCCACCUCAGCCCCCAAUUCUAACCCUAAUCCCCAAAAUUUUGUCACCAAUAACGUCAGCAACACUGUCACUAACCCUAAUCUGGCUUCGGCCCCUUUCCCGCCGCCAUCCGCCUCCUACCCCCCGCCGACCGGAGGCGCGUACUCGUUUCCGCCCCAGACAGCGCCGUUCCACUACCAUCCCGUCUACCCCGCCUAUUCUAAUUCACCUCAGCCCCACCAGGACUUCUCUAACGCGGCCCACCCACAGAGGUCUAUGUCUUAUCCUACGCCGCCUCUCCAGCCCCAGGGGCAGCCGCCUACGGCUCCUCACAACGCCAAUUUCUGUAACCCUCCUAAUCCUCAAAACCCUAACAGCCAUGGAGCUCGGUUGAUGGCGCUGUUGAGUGCGCCUCCUUCUACGCUCGAAAUCCCGCAGCAGCAGACUACGAUGGCUAUGCCUCAAAUCCACCCGACUUCCUCCUCGGGCUCGGAUUUAUUCGUACCACAGAACUUGCCAUCUGGGCCGGGUUCAGGGAUUUUGCAUCAAUCGCCUGUGAUGCGGAUGCCGAGCAGUAAGCUCCCCAAGGGACGGCAUUUGAUUGGAGAUCAAUUAGUUUAUGACAUUGAUGUUAGAUUUCCGGGCGAGGUGCAGCCUCAACUUGAGGUUACACCCAUUACAAAAUAUGGUUCUGACCCUGGGCUAGUCGUGGGCAGACAGAUUGCAGUAAACAAAACGUAUAUAUGUUAUGGGCUGAAGUUGGGUGCUAUAAGGGUGCUCAAUAUCAAUACUGCUUUGAGGUCAUUGCUCAAGGGUUUAGGCCAGAGGGUCACAGACAUGGCUUUCUUUGCUGAGGAUGUUCCCCUUCUAGCUAGUGCAAGUGUGGAUGGUCGGGUUUACGUCUGGAAGAUCACUGAAAGUCCAGAUAAAGAAGACAAACCACAAAUUACUGGAAGGAUCAAUAUUGCUAUACAAAUUACUGGAGAAGGGGAAUCUGUUCAUCCUAGAGUUUGUUGGCAUUGUCAUAAACAAGAAGUUCUUGUGGUUGGAAUUGGGAGACGUGUUUUGAAGAUAGACACCACAAAAGUUGGUAAAGGUGAAAAGUUUUCAGCUGAGGAGCCACUUAGUUGCUCCAUUGAAAAACUGAUUGAUGGAGUCCAAUUUGUUGGCAGCCAUGAUGGAGAAGUGUCUGACUUGUCUAUGUGCCAGUGGAUGACAACACGUCUAGUCUCUGCUUCAGUAGAUGGCACGAUUAAGAUUUGGGAAGAUCGGAAGUCUCAACCUGUUGCAGUUCUUCGGCCACAUGAUGGCCUGCCUGUUAAUUCUGUCAUGUUUUUAGCUGCUCCUCACCGGCCAGAUCAUAUCAUACUCAUCACAGGGGGUCCGCUUAACCGGGAAAUGAAAAUAUGGGUAUCAGCAAGUGAAGAAGGCUGGUUGCUUCCUGGUGAUGCUGAGUCAUGGCAUUGUACUCAGAAGUUGGAGUUGAAGAGUUCAGAGGCUCAAGCAGAAGAAGCCUUUUUCAAUCAAGUAGUAGCAUUGUCACAAGCUGGUCUUCUUUUAUUGGCAAAUGCGAAGAGGAAUGCGAUAUAUGCCGUGCACUUGGAAUAUGGUCCCAAUCCAGAGGCAACACGCAUGGAUUAUAUAGCUGAGUUUACUGUCACCAUGCCGAUACUCAGUUUCACUGGGACAAGCGAGUUGCUUCCUCAUGGUGAUCAAAUUGUGCAGGUAUAUUGUGUCCAGACGCAGGCAAUUCAGCAGUAUGCUUUAGACUUGUCACAGUGUCUGCCACCCCCUCUGGAGAAUGUUGUUUUUGAGAAGUCGAACUCCAAUGUCUCUUUGGAUGCUGCUACUGCACCUGUUGUAGAGCAGCCAUCUAGCGGGAAACCAACUGAGUUACCCAUUUCUAGUUCUGCACCCAAAUUUUCAAUUCAUGAAAGUGGAUUGGAUGCUGCAUCUACAGUGAGGUACCCUGUUAUACAUGCUCCUGCUGAGUCGCCCACGCCACAAGAGUUCUCUUCAGCUACAGAAACAAAGUUAGUUCCUCAGCCUGAGGUUGCUAAUGAUACCGCUUCCUCUGCAGCUUCACCUUCCAUUCGUUUAAGCCCUAGGUUGUCCAAAACACUUUCUGGCUUCAGAAGUCAGUUGAGCGGUCAUGGCCUUUCAACCAAUGAUCAUGGAUCGGAUCCGAAAAUUGUUGAGUACUCAGUUGACCGUCAGAUGGAUGUUGUUCAUGCGAACUUAUCAGAUGUUGCUUCGUUAGAUAGUGAUUCAAGGAAUGGUGAUAAUGAACAUUUCCAAGAUGAGUCGAUAGCUGUCAACCAACCGAUUAAAUUCAAACACCCAACUCAUUUGGUGACUCCUUCUGAAAUUUUGAUGGCCAAUUCAGUCUCUGAAGCGAGCCACACCAUUGACCCGAAAAGUAAUGCUGAGCUUAAUAUUCAAGAUGUGGUGGUUAGCAAUGACAUCAGAAAUGUUGAGGUGGAGGUUAAAGUUGUGGGUGAGACGAGAUAUAGUCAAAGUAACGAUAUUGAACCUUCCCAGGAUCUUACGGAAGAAAAUAAGGAAAAAUCAUUUUGCUCUCAAGCAUCCGAUCUUGGAAGUGAGGUGGCUCGAGAGUGUCGUGUUGUAUCUCAUGAGACUUAUACUGUUGGGGAGGGUAGGCAAUUUAAUGGGACUGGUGAAUCUGAAACCAUUGCUCAAUCUACAACUGUAGAAGAGCUCCAUGAAUCUUUAAAGGAUGCUUCUCAGCAGGGUACUGAUUCAACUAUUCGUAUAACAGCUCAACAACCUUCAACAAGUGGGAAAGGCAAAAGGCAAAAGGGUAAGGGUGGUCAAGGAUCGGGGUCAUCUUCAGCAUCGCCAAGUGCUAUCGAUUCAACAGAUUCCGCUACUGAACAAGGUGUUAGCUUAAGUACUCCAAUAGGGAGUGCAAUCCCACAGAUAUAUUCCAUGCAAGAGAUGCUGAACCAGGUUGUAUCUAUGCAAAAGGAAAUGCAGAAGCAGAUGUCAGCAAUGGUUGCUGCACCAGUUAAUAAAGAAGGCAAAAGACUUGAGGCCACAUUGGUACGGAGCAUGGAGAAAGCUGUCAAAUCUAAUGCUGAUGCUCUGUGGGCCCGUAUUCAAGAAGAGAAUGUAAAGCAGGACAAGGCAGUACGGGAGCGCGUGCAACAAUUAACAAAUAUGAUGAACAAUUGCUUAAACAAGGACCUGCCAGCAAUUAUUGAGAAAACUGUGAAGAGAGAACUGGCUGCUGUGGGACAAUCUGUGGCGCGAACAAUAACACCCACCAUAGAGAAGAUAAUAUCUGCCUCCAUUGCUGAGAGCUUCCAGAAAGGGGUGGGUGAUAAAGCUGUAAAUCAACUGGAGAAAUCUGUUAACUCCAAACUCGAAGCUACAGUUGCUAGGCAAAUCCAAGCUCAGUUUCAAACAUCUGGCAAACAAGUUCUUCAGGAAACACUGAAAUCAAGUAUGGAAGUUUCUGUGGUCCCAGCAUUCGAGAUGUCAUGCAGGGCCAUGUUUGAUCAGGUGGACGCUACAUUUAAAAAAGGAAUGGUUGAACAUUCAGCAGCAGUUCAUCAACAAUUUGACGCAUCACAUUCACCUUUGGCAAUUGCACUAAGGGAUGCCAUAAAUUCAGCAUCAUCAGUGACUCAAACUUUAAGCAGUGAGAUUCUUGAUGGUCAAAGAAAAUUGUUAGCUCUUGCUGCGAACACUAAAGCAGCAAAUCCGUUGAUUGGUCAGCUGAGCAAUGGUCCUCUGAGUGGUCUCCAUGAGAAGCUUGAGGCACCACCUGACCCGACAGCAGAAAUAUCUAGACUGAUAGCUGACCGCAAGUAUGAGGAGGCGUUUACUGCUGCACUGCAGAUGACUGAUGUUACUAUCGUAGCCUGGUUAUGUGCCCAGGUUGAUCUACCGGGGAUCUUGUCCGUGAAUCCCCUGCCUUUGAGCCAGGGUGUGCUCCUCUCCCUUCUCCAGCAGUUGGCUUGUGACAUCACAAAAGAUACAUCUCGGAAGCUGACAUGGAUGAGAGAGGUGUUAUCUGCUAUAAAUCCGACAGAUGCAAUGAUUGUGGUCCAUGUUCGUCUCAUCUUUGACCAGGUUUACCAGAUACUGAGUCACCACCGUAACCUUCCGACUUGUAGUGGGCCCGAUCUUUCCAACAUCCGCCUCAUCAUGCAUGUCAUCAAUUCCAUGCUUAUGACCUCCAAGUGA